CACCAGCGUGCCCUUGCAAAAGGAAAUAUGAACACCUUUCGAACGCUUAGAAAUUGCGUGAAUCGCGAGCGUAAGAUCUGCCGGGCAAAGUACUACGAAGCAAAGUUUAGCCAUUUGAGGGAGUGCAAGCCAUCCGUGUGGUGGAAAGAGGUGAAAAAGCUCAGCGGCAUGUCACCUGCCUCAGAAACGCGUGAUGACACCUGCAAAUUACUGCAGCACCUAGGUUUUUCACCUGGUGAUCUGGCGAAUUACAUCAAUUCAGCGUUCCUUACUCCAAUGCAGAGUUUUGAGCCUCUUACCCAUAAUCCUUUUGAUCCACCACUAAUUAACAACGAAAGUCAUGCCGUAAAUACGAUAUCGGAGUUUUCAACCUUUAUGAAACUGUCCGCACUCAACCCCUCCAAAGCACAAGGGCCAGACGGCAUCCCGGUAUGGGUAUUAAAAGAAAACGCUGAUCUCUUGGCGGGACCAGUCUCUGUGAUCCUUAACUCCUCGUUCCACGAAUCCCGCCUUCCGCCUUCCUGGAAAGAAGCUGAUGUAGUCCCGGUCCCAAAACAAAGGCCCAUUAAUGAUAUUAACAAACACCUCCGUCCCAUUUCUGUUACCCCUAUCUUGUCCAAACUCGCUGAAGACCACAUUGUUGAGAAAUAUGUUAAACCAGCCGUGUUACAAAGUAUCGACCCUCGUCAAUUCGGAUCUAUACCCAAAUCGUCUACUACACAUGCUCUGGUCAACAUGACGCAUAAUUGGCUUGUUAACACCGACGGAAAUGGUUCCACGGCAAGAGUAGUCCUACUUGACCUUCGUAAGGCUUUUCACCUUAUCGACCAUAGUGUUCUCGUUAAAAAACUAGCAACAUAUGAUAUUCCGAGUCAAGCCGAAAGCUGGAUUGUCGACUUUUUGAUGAACCUGAAACAAGAGUUAAACUAG